UUAUCCUAGUUACUGACAACUUCCGCUAAUUCCAGUUAGCUUUUGUUCUGAAAGAGGAUCCGUUUCUGUCACAAUUUUCCCCCUAUACGCGUUGAAAUGGCUGAAGUUGAAGAAACUCUGAAGAGGAUCCAGAGUCAGAAGGGAGUUCAGGGAAUCAUCAUUGUUAACUCUGAAGGAAUUCCUGUCAAGUCUACCCUGGACAACCAGAGCACGGUGCAGUACUCGGCCUUGAUCCACCAGCUGGUGAUGAAGGCCAGGAGCACCCUGAGAGACAUCGACCCGCAGAACGACCUCACCUUCCUGCGGGUUCGCUCCAAGAAGAACGAGAUUAUGAUCGCUCCAGAUAAAGACUAUUUCCUGAUCGUCAUCCAGAACCCUUCAGCCUGAAGCUGCUACUGAUCCUCUUCUCUUCAUCUCCUGUCUGAAUUUAAACGGCCAAACUGUUUUCUGUUUGCUUGCUGAAAGAGAAGACCCUAGUGUUGGUUCUACAAGGACAGGAACUGAUGGAGGAUGAAAUUGAACCGAUUGGGGAUCGGUCUGACGUGAGAUGGUCCAGAUCUCUACUUCCUUUUUCGAUCAUUCCAGAUCGCUCGUCUCUUAGCUUUCCUGAUUCUCUGCUGUUGUCUUUGUGUUGAUUUCACUGAUGAAGACGUGCACAAAGUAGGAAACAUAAGUUUGGACCAGAACGUCUAGAACUCCAGAGGUUCAGUUUGAUGCAAACUUUGGGUUAUUUAUUGUUCUGUCCCAGAAACAUGUUGAAGUAUUAAACAUGUGAGCUGCACUACAUUCACUUCUCUGUUCGUUGUUUUCAACAGAAUAAAGAAUAGAGAAAUGCAAUGAUAAUUUAUUGGUUCAAAUUAUUUGUAAUAAUUUCUAAAACAGCCCACAGAAUAAUGUUACCAUUACCAUGUGUGACAGUUGGUACUAUGUACUUCACCUUGACUCCUCCCAAGCAUUUUGUCUCAUCUGAAAAUAAAACUUUUAUCCAGAAAA